AAUUUGACAGUUUUUGGCAAGUUGUUAAAUUGUAAGUUUUUAAUUAAAAUAAAAUUGUAUACAUAUUUGUUAAAUUCGGGAAUAUAGGAUUUAAAUACGUGUUCCGGAUUAAAUCAAAGUUUACUUGUAUCAUAUUAAGUGUAAAUAAAGAAAAAAUGGCUGUGGCGGAUUCGAUGUUUAUGUUCGAGAUAGUUGUUGAAGAAUUGAAAAGUUUAGUCAACUGUAAAGAAUUCUGCAUUAAAAGCCAAUUUGCUGAUAUAUUUAGUAUUCAUCUAGACGAUCCCAAUGAAUAUAAAUCGAGGUUUUUACCAAAACGAGGUAAAAAAACUGCAAGGAAAAUCAAGCAAAGGCGAAGUUCGACUUCAAUGAGGACGUCAGGACAGUCUAUUCUAUUUGCUAAUAAUGUGGAAUCUUUAGUUUCAAGUAUGAAACAGUAUCCAAUGGAGUUAUCACUUUGGAGUAAGAUAAUUCCAGAUUACAAAAUAGGAUCUACUCAUAUUGCAUGGAGUUCACCAUAUUUCGAAUAUUUGAAUAAACUUCACAAGAAACAAGACUCAGUAUGUGUCAAAGGGGAGUAUAAUGUUUUUGAUGAAGUUACUUCAAGGCGCAUGGCAAUAAUAAAACUAAAUAUUAAAUUAAGAUAUGUGAAAGGCACAGAUAUAUCACAACUUAAAAAUGUAACGCCAGAAAAACAAGAACAUGUUGUAUCCACUGGGUUUAAUUCUAAAUGCACAAUAACAGAUAUCACAAGUAAUUCGACGAAGACUGGUAUGGUUAAAGCUUUUUACAAAGGCGAAAAGCGUAAAGUAAAAAAAGAUAGUCGUUAUAAGCAGGCCAAAAAGGCGGAGUUCAGAGCAAUUCAAAAAACUGAUAACAAAGCCCAAAAGGAAGAUAUAGAAACUGUCGCAGUUAAUAGUACAACUGACAGAAGAUUAAAUAGUAGAAUUGUUUCAUUAGUAAGAAGUGAUCCAAAUCUGAAAAACAACAAUUCAAGUGUUAUAAAAUCUAAAUCAUGUUCAAAUAUAAUUCAAGAAAAUAAAAUCUUAAAUUACAUUUUCGGUGGUAAGCCCGCUGGGCCAUUUGGAAACCAAGUCUACUGUGUCGGAUAUUUUACGGUACAAAACGAUUUUGCUGAUUCUCCUAAGUCUGCACCUUCUGAUAAAACUUCGGAAAAAAGUGUUUCCCGAAAGGGUAGCCCAGUAAAAUCUGGAUCACCAUCACCAUCAACGAGCAAUCGAUCUGAUCAAUCUGACCAGACAGCACCGAAAGAAAAAUAUAAGUUUAGAAUAUGUGACAUUGAUUGUCCUGGUAAGAAGUUGCGAAACCUACCCGGAGCACUUAGUGAAUGUUCAUUAGAUUUACCGAAGGAAGCUUCACACUUGAUCACUCUUACAAAAUGUGAUCGCGUAGACUGUGAUGGCAAGAAAACUCGCCAACCACGCACUCCCCCAGACGAUGCUGUUUAUUUAGACUUGGGAGACACUAGAGAUUGUUGCGAUAUUUCUCAAAAAGUAGAGGAAGUGGUGGGAGGGAUGAGAGCUAAAAUGAAAUUUGGUGACGAACCUUGUUACUGUGAAUGCGAAUGUAAAUUUGGCUUUAUGAAGAAAACAACAUUCUGCAAGAUAUGUGGAGGUUAUGAAAUUUUUGGUGAAGAAUAUCCUAAAAUACCUAGAUCUGAAUUGCCGUUCCCUUGUCCUAUUUUCCAUAACUUAGUUGACAAAAAUAAAAUUGGUACUUCUGGAAGUGACACCAAGAGAGAAAAGAAAGAAUUUGCCGAAGCAAAAAAAGAAAAGAAAGAAGUCACUGAUCCCAUAAAAGACAGAAAAGACAAGACGGAAAUAAAGAAAGAUAGAAAGGACAAGUCUGAAGCUAAGUCAAAAGAUAAAAAAGAAGGUAUGGAAGGUAAUGAACCAAAAAAAGAUAAAAGAAAAAUUCCUAAGCCAAAAACAACCGUCUUGGAAAGAAAGAGUUCGGAUUCCGAUAGAGAGCCAGUAAAAAAAAGCAAAAAGAGCAAAAAGGAUAGCAGAUUCAAAUUUAACUACGGUUAUCAAGGUAUACCUCCGAAAAUUGGACACAGUCGCUGCAUGCUGCCUUGUGAUGGUACGAUUACGACUAUGAAUGCAGUACCCAAACGUAUGGGUUGGUUGUGGAAUGCUGAAAAUGUACUGGGAAUGAAGUACCGUCCGCAAUGGAGACCUGGUGCGACGAAUAGACACGUAGUAAGAUUACUUAAAAUGGCCAAGAAUCCUGGCCAAGUUUUGGCUAAAAAAAGAAAAAAAGACACAGGAAAGGUCAAGAGACCUUUAAAGCGGCCAUUACUUAUAGUACACAAGAAGGAAGGCGAAUACACUGUGACAAUGGAAACGAUGAAAAGUUAUGCCAAGCCUAGGACGUUUAAUCAACACCCAUAUGAAGACAAACCUGUAGUUACAUACACGAUAGGGAGGACAUCAGAAGCAAACCUUCAAAAAAGGAAAAGGAAGUUACACAGACAAAAGAUACUGGAGACGCACCAGCGAGAAUUUAUACAAAGCGCUUUUAGAGAUAUGUGUCAGGAGAUAUGUCUCAAAACUUAUCAACAAGCUCUUGGCAUACUACCUCAUGCUGAAAUUCCUGAUUGUCCAUGUUACCCAAUAAAUCCCGGUGCUGACAGAGUCGACUUGGAUCGAUCCUGUUCUUGCUCUGAUGAUCAUAUAAAAAUUGGUUCAGAUACAGAUUCUGAUGAAUGGAUUGUCGAAUUUACACCACCUUCGGCUAAAUUUGAUCCAACAUACAAAUGUAAGAAAGUUGUAACUACAGACAAUUCAACUCAAUAUACUUAUUUAGACUACAGAGUGAAGCUUUUAGAUAGGUAUGGUAAUCCCGUACCUAGGUUCUUUAAGGGCCCUGAUGGGAAGCAACUCUGUAGUGACUUAGGUGGAUUCUGGGGACCGGAUAAAAAGUGGCUCGAGAUAAACACGGAUGGUUAUAUAGGACCUGAUGAGAGAUGGGCUCCAAACUCUUUUAUGGGACCGAACGGAGAAAUGGUCGAUGCUGAGACAGGGAAAUUUCAGUCUGCAGAUGGUGCGUGGUUGGUCGUUGGAGUGGAUGGAUAUGUCGAAAUGGGCAAGUGGAAGUUCUAUCCCAAGUCAAGAGCUCCAGCCGCCCCAAAAAAGGAGAGAGCAGGUAAAAAGAAAACUGCUGUAAAGCAGAGAGAAGAAAGUAAAGGUGCGAAACCAUCUGAGGCCACUUGGAGUUGUUUCGGAAGUGUUUCUCCCAAACAAUUGUCGAAAAUGGGUAUAGUUGGGCAUGGACAGGAUAAGAAAUUAUUGCUAAAAAAACUGAGGGACAUGUUAGCUCAUGGCGAAGACGUCAAAAUACCUGAACCAAAAGUAGUUCCAAGGUCUGGAAAGAAACCUAAAGGGCGGCGGGGUGCUUCUCAUAUGCACAAUUUUAUAGAGAGGAGAAAAUGUAAACAUGCUACACCAUCAAAUAAGGGUAUCGUUGCGGUAGACGGACAUGGAAAUAAGAUUUACUUUAGGUUAAAAGAUGCGAAAAAUAGGAGACCCAAAGAUAGGAUAACUACACUUACAAGUCAGGGUAUUAGUUUGAGUUCAUUCCACGUCCCAUGUUUCCACUCGUUCGUUAGUUCAGAGUUGAUGAAGAAGCAGCGAUAUGAUCGCUUGGUGGCCCUCGCCAAGGCGGCGAGCACUGGUCAAGGUGACGAACAUAACCAUUCCACCUAUUCUUCCCGCGGGCAUAACACGGCAAGCACGCAAAAUAAAUAUACGUAUGUGGUAUAAUUCUGAGUCCAAGUGAUGCUGUUGGUAUAGGUUUAAAUGGUGGCAGUUUUAAGUGGUAUAAUUUAUUUGGUUACGUGCUAAGUCAAAUUUUGUAACGUUAUUUUGUAAGGUAAAUAGUGAAAUAAAAUAUUUAUUGUUGUUCA